CAUCAUGGGAACUGCAACAGCUCAUCACAUCAUUCUUCUGAUUGGCCUAGUCGCUGGUCAAAUAGUAUCUACAAGCGCCACCAACAGGCCACCGAACAUCAUCAUAAUGCUAGCAGACGACCUCGGGUACGGAGAUUUGAGUGGUUUUGGCAACACAACGCUGUCGACCCCCCACAUCGACCAGUUGAUGCAAGAGGGAGUGAAGUUGACACACCAUCUAGCGGCGGCAAGCGUCUGUACGCCGAGUAGAGCUGCUUUGUUGACAGGCCGGUAUCCUGUCCGCUCUGAUUGUCAAUGUCGCAGAAAGGUGCCAAACAGAUCGGGCAGAAUACAGAAAUCUAGCACGGGUAUCACGUGGGAUGUCCCUGUCUUAAGAGCUUAGAUUCAUCACCAACUAUUAUGAACCAUUCGACUCCAUUAAUUAGUUGAAAUCGAAAUCGCUGUAG